GUGCCGUGCGGCGCUGUCCGCUCCGCUCCGUCAUGGAGGCGGCCGGCGCAGUCCCGCCACCCGCCGCCGCCCGGCCCCGCACCCCCUGAGCCCCGCGCACCCCUCGGGCUCCAGCAUGAGCGGCGGCAGCGGGGGCGGCUCCUCGGCACCCGGCCGUUUCGCCGAUUACUUCGUCAUCUGCGGGUUGGACACUGAGACAGGGCUGGAGCCGGACGAGCUCUCCGCUUUAUGCCAGUAUAUACAGGCCUCUAAAACCCGAGAUGGUGCCAGCCGUUUCAUUUCAAGUGCAACAGAAGGGGAAAACUUUGAGCAGACUCCAUUAAGACGCACAUUUAAAUCCAAAGUUCUUGCUCGCUAUCCUGAGAAUGUUGAAUGGAACCCUUUUGACCAGGAUGCAGUGGGAAUGCUAUGUAUGCCUAAAGGGCUUGCUUUCAAGACACAAGCAGAUUCGAGAGAACCUCAGUUCCACUCUUUUAUUAUUACUCGUGAAGAUGGCUCACGGACAUUUGGAUUUUCUCUCACGUUUUUUGAGGAAGUCACUAGCAAACAGAUCUGCAGUGCAAUGCAGACGUUGUAUCAUAUGCACAAUGCUGAAUAUGACAUUCUUCAUACUCCACCCACAAAUGACAAAGAUAGCUGCAGCAGCACUGGAGACUGCAAUGGCACUUCUGUUUCAAAGCUACAGCGUUUUAACUCCUAUGACAUCAGCAGAGACACACUCUAUGUCUCAAAGUGCAUUUGUCUGAUAACUCCAAUGUCUUUCAUGAAGGCUUGUAAGAAAGUACUAGAGCAACUUCACCAAGCAGUGACUUCACCUCAGCCACCUCCUCUGCCUUUAGAAAGCUACAUCUACAAUAUUCUCUAUGAAGUUCCUCUUCCUCCAGCAGGAAGGUCAUUGAAAUUUUCGGGUGUUUAUGGACCGAUUAUCUGCCAGAGGCCAAGCACCAGUGAACUACCAUUAUUUGAUUUUCCUGUUAAGGAAGUUUUUGAAUUGCUUGGAGUAGAAAACGUGGUUCAACUCUUUACCUGUGCCCUGCUGGAAUUUCAGAUACUGCUUUAUUCACAGCAUUAUCAGAGACUGAUGACUGUGGCAGAAACCAUCACAGCGCUAAUGUUUCCAUUUCAGUGGCAGCAUGUGUAUGUCCCUAUCCUUCCAGCAUCCCUCCUUCAUUUUCUAGAUGCUCCUGUCCCUUACCUCAUGGGUUUGCACUCUAAUGGGCUGGAUGACAGGUCUAAGCUGGAACUUCCUCAAGAGGCUAACCUUUGCUUUGUGGAUGUAGACAACCAUUUCAUUGAGCUGCCAGAGGACUUACCCCAGUUCCCAAAUAAACUUGAGUUCAUUCAGGAAGUUUCAGAGAUUCUAAUGGCUUUUGGAAUUCCACCUGAGGGAAACCUUCACUGCAGUGAAAGUGCCUCCAAGAUGAAGAGCCUCAGAACAUGUGACCUGGUUUCUGAUAAAAGAAAUGGGAACAUAGCAGGAUCACCUUUGAACUCCUAUGAGCUGCUAAAGGAAAAUGAGACUAUUGCAAGACUCCAAGCACUUGUUAAAAGAACAGGUGUGAGCCUAGAAAAGUUGGAAGUGCGAGAGGAGACCAGUAGCAAAAAGGAUCUUAAAAUCCAGUGUGAUGAAGAGGAAUUCAAGAUUUAUCAGCUGAACAUUCAAAUCCGUGAAGUUUUUGCCAACCGUUUCACACAAAUGUUUGCAGAUUAUGAAGUGUUUGUAAUUCAGCCCAGCCAGGACAAGGAAUCUUGGUUUACAAACAGAGAACAAAUGCAAAACUUUGAUAAAGCAUCUUUCUUAUCGGACCAGCCUGAACCUUACUUGCCUUUCCUCUCAAGAUUCCUGGAGACCCAGAUGUUUGCAUCUUUUAUUGACAAUAAGAUUAUGUGCCAUGAUGAUGAUGAUAAAGACCCUAUUUUGAGAGUAUUUGAUUCUAGAGUGGAUAAAAUUAGGCUGCUAAACGUUAGGACACCAACUCUGCGCACAUCUAUGUAUCAAAAGUGCACAACCAUUGAUGAAGCUGAGAAAUCUAUUGAAUUAAGGCUAGCAAAAAUAGAUCACACUGCAGUCCACCCACACUUGCUGGACAUGAAAAUUGGACAAGGGAAAUAUGAGCUUGGAUUUUUUCCCAGACUUCAAUCUGAUGUUCUAUCCACUGGACCAGCGAGUAACAAGUGGACAAAGAGGAAUGCUCCUGCACAGUGGAGACGGAAGGACAGGCAGAAGCAACACACAGAGCACCUGCGUCUUGACAAUGAUCAGAGAGAGAAGUACAUCCAAGAAGCCAGGAGUCUGGGCAGCACUAUUCGGCAGCCCAAGCUGUCCAACCUCUCUCCAUCUGUAAUUGCACAAACCAACUGGAAGUUUGUAGAAGGUUUAUUGAAGGAAUGCAGAAAUAAGACCAAGAGGAUGUUGGUUGAAAAGAUGGGUCGAGAAGCUGUGGAGCUAGGUCACGGUGAAGUAAAUAUCACAGGUGUAGAAGAGAAUACCCUGAUAGCCAGCCUGUGUGACCUCUUAGAAAGGAUAUGGAGUCACGGCCUGCAAGUCAAACAGGAUAGAAGCUGUACUGCUUUCGUCUUAGAAGACAGAGCAUCAGUAUACUCUGCUCCAACUCAGAUUUGGGCCUUUCAGACCACCAGGCGGCCAACCCUACAUAAGGGAAAGUCUGCUUUGUGGUCUCAUCUGUUACACUACCUAGAAAACAGGCAGAGAAAAACUACAUCAGGCAGCUUCAGUACCUCAGGAAUACUUCUUGAUUCAGAAAGGAGAAAGUCUGAUACCAGUCCAGCCAUGUCACCUCUUAGAAUCUCUCUUAUCCAGGAUAUGAGGCAUAUCCAGAACAUUAGUGAGAUCAAAACAGAUGUUGGCAAGGCCAGAGCUUGGGUCCGUCUCUCUAUGGAAAAGAAGUUGCUCUCUAGGCAUCUAAAACAGCUGCUUUCAGAUCAUGAACUCACAAAAAAGCUCUACAAGCGUUACGCAUUCCUGCGCUGUGAUGAUGAGAAGGAACAAUUCUUGUAUCAUCUCCUGUCGUUCAAUGCUGUUGAUUAUUUUUGCUUUACCAAUGUUUUCACAACAAUCUUGAUACCAUACCAUAUAUUGAUUGUUCCUAGCAAGAAACUUGGUGGCUCAAUGUUUACAGCCAAUCCUUGGAUCUGUAUCUCGGGUGAACUGGGUGAAACAGGAGUCCUGCAGAUUCCCAGGAAUAUACUAGAAAUGACUUUUGAGUGCCAGAACCUGGGGAAACUGACCACAGUACAAAUAGGACAUGACAAUUCAGGGCUGUAUGCCAAGUGGCUAGUGGAAUAUGUUAUGGUCAGAAAUGAAAUAACAGGGCAUACUUACAAGUUUCCUUGUGGGAGGUGGCUUGGAAAAGGAAUGGAUGAUGGUAGCUUAGAGAGGAUCCUGGUGGGAGAGUUACUGACUUCGCACACUGAAGCUGAUGAGCGGCAGUGCCGAACACCUCCUUUGCAGCAGUCACCAAGUAUGAUCAGAAGAUUUGUCACUAUUUCACCAAACAAUAAGCCAAAGUUAAAUACUGGUCAAAUACAAGAAGCUAUUGGUGAAGCUGUCAAUGGUAUUGUGAAGCAUUUCCACAAACCAGAGAAGGAGAGAGGCAGUCUGACACUGUUACUGUGUGGAGAAAGUGGACUUGUUUCAGCUCUUGAGCAAGUGUUUCAGCAUGGCUUUAAAUCACCCAGACUCUUCAAAAACGUCUUUAUAUGGGACUUUUUAGAAAAAGCACAAACGUACUAUGAGACCCUUGAGCAGAAUGAGAUGGUCCCAGAAGAGAACUGGCAGACAAGGGCCCGGAAUUUCUGUCGCUUUGUCACUGCUAUCAACAACACUCCUAGAAACAUUGGCAAGGAUGGCAAGUUUCAGAUGCUUGUGUGUCUUGGAGCCAGAGACCACCUUUUGCAUCACUGGAUUGCCCUGCUUGCUGACUGCCCAAUUACAGCACAGAUGUAUGAAGAUGUAGCACUAAUUAAGGAUCAUAGUCUUGUGAAUUCUUUGAUCCGAGUGCUGCAGACCUUGCAGGAGUUCAACAUCACGCUGGAGGCAUCUCUUGUCAAAGGAAUCGAUAUUUGACUUCUUGUCCCACAGGAAAAACAAAACUCUCUUAUAAAAGAAGAAAAAAGCAACAAGGAAUGGAUCUCGUUAGUAUGCAAACGUUCUGUCUGCCAGUACACUGUAUCAUGAACUUCUUCAUGGCCCUAAAAUGCAACUUUGACUUCUCUUGAAGGAAACUCCAAAAAUAGUACAGGCAAAUGGAUAGAAGCUGUAAACUCAAUGUAAAAAAGAGGAUUUUGGUAUAAAUCUAUUUUAGAGUUUAUUUGCUGAUUUGCUUUUUACACACUUUCAUGUGAAAGAAAUAGAGAUGAGUAUUGUGCAGCUUAUUUUAAAGCUGCAAUAUUUCCUUGCCAUAGAAAAUGUGCAGUGAGCCUUUCAGCAUUCUGUGACCUUGCCUUCAGAUAUGCUGUAUGUCAUAGACCCCAAUGUAUACACUCCAUUUCCGCUGAGAAGGUCAUUCUAUAGUUUUUAAACUAAUAUUUUAUAUAUUAACAUUAUUACCAAUGUUUCAUUUUUAACGUACUGGGUCAUGUUUUGCUGCAAGGGAACUACAAAUCUGAUGUGUGCUUUUUUUUUUUGUUUUAAUAGCUCCAAAGCACUGAUUUGUCAAAAAAUUGUUUUUUUUUUUCCUUUAUUUUUAUUGUCAGUAUUAUUUUUAGCGAAAUCCAGGAGACUGAACCAUGAAAGGUGCAGAGACUGAAGUAAUAUUUUUCAUAUUGGUACGUAAUUGCACAGAAGAAAUUCAGCGUGUUUUUUAACUGAUGUUUCUUAUUUAUUGAACCUAUUGGUGUGGUUUUUAAGUUGUUUAAAAAAAAAAAAAAAAAGAAAGGUCUUCUGUGAUACAACUGGCUAGAUUAUGUUGCAAUUCAGAAUUUACAGUGCAGCCCACUUAAAUGAAAAACCUGGAAUCAUUGUUCACUCCACAAAAAUGUUUUCAUUCGAACCAGCCUUUUGAAAUUUGGUAUAUGGUAAUUCUCUGAACUACUAAUUCUCCUAACUAUUAAGAGGGACAUGAUUUCCCCAAGAGCCAGAUGCCUAAAUAACGGUGUUUAUAUCCUCAUGAACUAAUAAUGGCAUACCUUACUAACAAAUACUGGGAUUUCUUAAUUUUUCUGAAAAGACAGUGAGUAGUAAGGUGUUUUUUCUUUCCCUUCUAAAUUAAUAUGACUUGGAUCCUGUUGUUGCAGACUGCCACAUUUGGGAUGCUCUUGUUUUUAGCAGAGAAAGCUUUAGUCUUCUCCAACAAUAAAACACAAACAUUUUGAAAGCUUAAUUUAUUAGAGAUCUAGAACUUGGCAGAUGCCUAAAGGCACUUCUGUUCAUUUGAAUCCUCUGAUAAAAAUCUGCUUGAAAUGAAUAUGUGACAGAAGAAUAGGCUAAUUUAUCAGCAUCAUGAAUACUGUACAGUAAUUCAGGGCUAUAUAUUUAAGAGGUCUCCACUGUAUAAACUUAUCUCAGUGUUGUCUUCUUUUGAGAAGCAGAGUCCAAGUUUUUCAUUUUGUACAAUGUUGUAGCACCUUUUCUUUACCUACAGCAUAGUCACAUCUUAGAGUUUGAUUUCCAUAAUUUAUAAGUAUAGCUCAUGUAUUAAAUUUUUGACUGUUUUUACUUUUGUCCUAUUUAUUUCAUUAUUAAACUGAGAAUUUCCUUUGUCACUACUUACCAGAGCAAGAUUCUUUCUUGAUUUCACAGUAGCAUUAGGAAGAAGCAAGGGCAGUGUUCAAGCCAGUCCUCAUGCUGCGUGGAUGUGAAUUCUUUCACAGUCUGGAGUGUACAAGAGCAUUUCACAGAACUAUUUUGGUGGUGCAGGUUUUGAUUUGUUGUUUUCUUUCUAGAUUUGGAAGGGGAAAAGUUAACCAGAUGUGCAUUAUUCUAAGAAUUUCAUGUAUUCAGCUUAAUAUGUUGGGAUAAUCUUCAUAUGCUUUCCCCAAAUUGCUUGUUUAUGUAUUAAUAAGAGGGGGAAAAAAGUUUGAUAAUGCUUUCAGCUAUAUUUAAGAUGACUUCACUAGGCCUGUGUACUUCACAAGGAAUAUGUCUAUAUAAGAUGUAUUUUCUUUCCUUCCUUUCUUUACACAAGUUCACCUGCUGUGGCAUGAUAACCAUUGGUUUAAUGGCUUGCUUUGGUGUGGAUCUUUUUGGCCUCGUGGCAGUUGGUGAUACCUGGGAUGGACAUAGGCUGGCAUUUGCUUAUUCCCAAGUGGUGGGUUCUUUGCCUAGCACUUGAGAGUGAAGCUGUCCAUCACUGACAGCACCCUGUGUGCUAGCUGUCUAGAUGCAAAAGGAACAUACAGAGGUCAUCUUCCCAGCUCUUCAGUAACUUUAUUUGACCACUUUGAGAUGGACUCUUCCUUCUUCUCUCUCAAGGGGUUUAUGCUUAAUCCUAUUAGGUUUCAAGGCACUUUUUGGUAUGGAUUUUCAGAUCUGGAGGGGCUUGCUCUACUGAAGAACUAGUGAAAGGUUCUGAAAUGGAGCAGAAAAAGUGUUGAUUUUGUUGGACCCAGAGGCCACCCAGGAAGACUCAGGUACUUAAUAUAGCUAUGUGGUAGCCUGUGCUAAGGUUUUUGGGGGAGAGAUUUGGCUGAUAUUUCAAAGGACAGUUCAGUCUGUAGUAGCAGCCAUAAUCCCUGCUACUCUUCAGUAUUUACCACAAACUGACCUACUUCUUUCAUUGAUGUAGCAUCAGUUCUACAGAGUAGUGUUGGGAUCUAGCAUUUGCUCCUUCCCUGCCCAUCUGCUGAACUGGAUUGUUUUGUAUAAAAACAAAUGGUGCAGUCAGCAUCUUUCACUCUAGAGCUUUGUGAAAUCCAUCUUGCUUUCUGAAACUUGAAUUGCAUUUGUAGUUCAGAAAUGAAUCACAGAAGAAUGCAGUUGGAACAUUUUUUUCAUGUUACUUUUCUAAAAGAAGGGAGCAGGUUUGGGAGGUGCAGUUUCAUGUGACUCUGCUGUUUUCUUGUGUUUUUUUUUGGUGACAGUUAAUGGGAAAAUACAUUUUUUUAACAGCAAACAUGCAUUCUGUAGAGAGAAAUGCAACAAUAAAAACGAGGUAGCUCAUAAUACAGUAAUUAUAUAGUGCUAAAUUAGCCAAAUGUUUGCAGGCUGAUACCUGAUUUGGGGAAACAACCCAGGCUAUCACCUAUUACUUAUUUAGGCUCUUCUGUUAAUGCUGUCAGAGUUCAUAUAAUAAUACUUUAUAGAGAAAGAAAUUGCAAAUUAGGAGCAACUUGAUGAAAUUGUAAUGAAAUGCUAUGGUGAUAAGUUGAUAUGGAAAAAAAGCACCUUUUCCUGCCAUAAACCUAACCAUCUGACAUUCUGUAGCUGAAAACAUACUCAUGAACUGCAGGCUGUUCCACAACUUUUUCCAUUAUGAAGAGUAUUUUUCGACUUGUUCAAAUGAAACCUGCUAGCUGGAUGAUCCAUUAUUUUUGAUGUGUUUUGAAUUCAUGAAUAUGUUAAGAUUUCUGCAGAGAAACUAUUCAGAGUUAACUUUUUCUGUAUAUUGUCAAAUGAUUCUUGUCCGUAGUGCAAGAUACCAUAGGAUACUUGAAAAUACUUGAAGAUACUGUACACGUACUUCACAUCUUUGUAGCUCUUUGUUUUAUACCUAGAGGUUGGCUGUUAAACUAAGACAAAGCAUCAAUACCUUAUAAACUAUAUAUUUUACUACAUGGGGAAAUCUCUGGCUUGGUUUUUUUAACGGGUGGGUGUUGAAGUUUACAUUAUAAUGACAAAACCAGGUACUGUUUUCCUUUUUUAUUUUUCCUGUAACAUUUCAAGCCAUCGGACAUUAAAUGUGAAUUGGAUAUAUAAAACAGUUUUAGAGGUGUAGCUCAUUUGCUGAAUUGCAAUAAAAUCGGUCUUUUAACAUGAAAAA